AUGGCGACAGCGUUGUCGGCGCCCGUCUCCACGGCGACGGUGCGAGUUUUCAAUAUCCCGCCCUCCGCCGUCGCUAAGGAGCUCCUAGCCUUCUUCAAUUCCGCCGUCGUCGCCGCCGGCGAAGCGUACGCCUGCGAGAUCGCCGCCGCCCGACGCGGCUGGCUAAGCCGAGGCAAUGGCAGCGUUCAGUUCGAUUCCACCGCCACCGCAACCCUCGCCGCCGAACUCGUCUCCUCCGGGCGCCUACCCCGCUUCCUCGGCUCCCUCCUCUCCGUCUCCCCUGCCCCCUCGGACCUUCUUCCCCGCGCGCCGGACCUUUCUCUCCGCGUGGCCGACGCCCGCCUCCUUGUAGGCAACCGCGUCGCCGAGCGCGAAUUCGAGGCGGCUGACUCUUGGGACAGCGUGCGCGUGGAGGUCAUCCCGGGGAAGCGUCGCAUAGACCUGUACCUGAAUCACGAUUCCAAGAUGUACAAGCUUGAGGUGUUCUUCGAGGACAUCAGGAACUGCUACCAGUGCAGCUUCGAUGGGGCCGGCGCCAUCUUGCUUCAGAGAACGGAAAUACAACCAGUUCAAGCGAGAAGGACAGGAGGAGGGAAAGAGCUCAUGUAUGCACCAAGAAUAUACACAACAAUUUCUGGGCCUGCAGUUUAUUCAAGGUUCUCAGAUGACCGCUUUCAUGCAUGCAAGGAGGAUGUGAAGUUUACCUGGGUCAGAGCACUAGAUUUUACACCUAACCACUCUUUUGGGAAGUGUUCAACUAUUGCCCUCGUGCUCGAUGAAGGUGCACCGGUGUCAUUUAUUCUCAACAGCUUACCUUUCUCAGGAGAGUUAGGGGAAUUGGUCAUUUCUUCAAUGGAAUUUUUUGGCCCGUCGUCCAAAGUCGUUCCCCUUGUUGACUGCCCAAGUGGUUGUUCAGUGUCGUAUGAAGUUCUUUUUCGUCUCAAUUCUCUUGUUCACAUGGGGAAGAUAGUUGCCAAACAUGUUAAUGCUGAUCUGUUUAAAGCUCUUGAAGAAAUACCAGUUCAUAUUUCAACGAGGAUUUUUGAGAAAAUGAGCAAGUUAGAGUUUACAUGCUAUGGACCUUUGCAAUUCAUCCAGCAGGAGGCUCAGAGCAGGAAUAGGAGCCACAAUGCUUUGCUUUCCAGUAAGACUGAAGGUGAAGGAAAGUUAAUGAUGUGUUACAGAAUUCACAUCACUCCAUCCAAAAUAUACUGCUUGGGACCUGAGGAAGAAGUUUCAAAUUAUGUGGUUAAGCAUCACAAACAGUAUGCUUCUGACUUUGCUAGAGUUACUUUUGUCGACGAAGACUGGAGUAAGCUUUUUCCAGAUGCUAUCUCAGCUAGAACUGGACGAGGGUUCUUUUCUCAACCCUUGAAAACUGGCCUAUAUUAUCAUAUUUUAUCCAUCCUGAAAGAAGGAUUUUGCAUUGGUCCAAAGAAGUAUGAAUUCCUGGCCUUCUCAGCAAGUCAACUUCGUGGAAGUUCUGUUUGGAUGUUUGCCUCUAAUGAUUCCCUGAAGGCCGAGGAUAUAAGAAGGUGGAUGGGCAACUUUGAAGAAAUUCGAUCAGUAUCUAAGUGUGCGGCUAGAAUGGGACAGCUGUUCAGCUCCUCCAGACAAACACUUGAAAUCCUACCACGGGAUGUAGAAGAGAUUCCAGAUAUUGAAGUCACAACUGAUGGCACUAAAUACAUAUUUUCUGAUGGUAUCGGGAAGAUCUCUGAGAGAUUUGCUAAAGAAAUGGCUUGCCGAAUUGGAUUAGACUAUACUAACCCUCCUUCAGCUUUUCAAAUAAGGUAUGGUGGCUACAAAGGAGUUGUUGCUGUCGACCCUGAUUCCUUUCGUAAUCUUUCUCUGCGACCUAGUAUGAAGAAAUUCGAAUCAAAGAGCAGAAUGUUUAACAUUACAAGUACCAGCAAAUCCCAACCAUGCUAUAUGAAUCGUGAAAUUAUCUCUCUCCUUUCAACUUUGGGGAUAAGAGAUGAGAUAUUUGAGUUGAUGCAACAAGAUGAUAUGCGUGAAUUAGAUGAAAUGCUGACCAACAGAGAAGCUGCUCUCUCUGUUCUGGGGAAAAUUGGUAGUGCAGAAACGAAGACAGCAUCGAAAAUUUUACUGCAAGGUUAUGAACCAAGUUUAGAGCCUUACCUGUUGAUGAUUCUUAAGGCCCAUCAGGAUAAUAGGCUGACUGACAUAAGAACUAGAUGUAAGAUUCAUGUUCCGAAAGGCCGUGUUCUUAUUGGUUGUUUGGACGAAACAGGUGAAUUAGAAUAUGGUCAAGUGUACAUCAGAAUUUCAAAGAACAGCAAAGAGCAGAAGGAUAAUUGUCAACCGUAUUUUUCUGAAGAUAAUGGGACAGAGAAAACAGCAGUUGUUGUUGGAAGAGUUGCAGUAUCGAAAAAUCCUUGUCUCCAUCCUGGUGACAUCAGAGUACUUGAAGCUGUCUAUGACCAUGGAUUGUACGCUAAGAACCUGGUUGAUUGUGUUGUCUUCCCUCAAAGAGGAGAAAGGCCUCAUCCAAAUGAAUGCUCCGGGGGCGAUUUGGACGGUGACCUCUAUUUUAUCACUUGGGACGAGAAACUGAUUCCAGAGAAGGUUGAUUCACCUAUGGACUAUACUGCAGCAAGGCCACGCAUAAUGGAUCAUGUUGUUACACUUGAGGAAAUUCAGAAGUACUUUGUAGAUUACAUGAUAAAUGACUCGCUCGGGGCAAUCUCAACUGCUCACUUGGUCCACGCGGAUCGUCAUCCAAUGAAAGCCCGGAGCCCUGAGUGCCUCCAGCUAGCUGCUUUGCAUUCGAUGGCGGUCGACUUUGCCAAGUCAGGAGCUCCAGCUGAAAUGCCGCGGUCACUGAGACCAAAGGAGUACCCCGACUUCAUGGAACGGUGGGACAAACCAACGUACAUCUCCGACGGAGCUCUCGGCAAGCUCUACCGAGCGGCUGCGAGCCGUAUGCAGAGCGCUCCUGCCACCUCGUCCUCGGCUCAACCGAGCCCCGCGUUUGAUCCCGACCUGGAGGUCCCUGGCUUCGAGGAAUUCCUGGCAUCCGCAGAGGAGUGCUAUGACCUGUACGUGGAGAAGCUGAGCACCCUGAUGGUCUACUACGGCACGGAGCACGAGGACGAGAUCCUGACUGGCAACAUCCGGAACAGGCUCCUGUACUUGAAGAAGGACAACAAGAGGUACUUCGAGAUGAAGGACCGCAUCAUCGACUCUGUCGAGGGCCUGCACAAGGAGGUGCGGGGUUGGUUCAUGAGCUGCCCGAAGGCGGAGGCGGCGAGGAGGGCCUCGGCGUGGUACCGGGUGACCUAUCACCCGGACCACCGCCGGCCUGGAAAGAAGCAGUUCUGGAGCUUCCCGUGGAUCGUCUGCGACGAGCUGCUGAAGAUCAAGGAGUCCAAUAAGCGGCGCAGGCAGCAGGUGGACGACGCGGCGGCCUGA